UAAUUAACUUUAUUAAAACUUCAGCAUUUGUGUAUAAUCUUAUAAUGACCUCUUUACUUAAAAUUACAAAUUGGACACCUGAGUAUUUUACUGCAAAUCGAUCGAAAUGCAAUCUAAUUUUGGAAAAUUUAGAAGUUUUAAAAGAAAUUCCUUUACUAAAUACUAAUACCCUUCAGACAUUCAAAGAUCGACAGUUAGUCAGAUUUAAAGGAAUGAUUCAAGAUAUGCACGAUCCUGAAUAUUAUUUGCAGUUGUACGAGGUGAAAAAUACUGAAACUGAAAUAUGUGAGCUUAAAUGUGGGAUGUACACAGAUUCUGCUGAAUGUUUGCCAAAUGAAAUGGUUUUAUUAGAAUCUGAAAACAAUCAAAGUUCAGAAAGGCAAACAUGUAUUGUAAUAUCAAUUCCUGGUUUAAAUGAUUGGGCAAAAGAAACAUAUGGACAAUCACAUUUAGGCAUGAAAGUAAUCAAUAAUCUUAAAAGGAAUUUAGACGAAAGUAACAGUAAAAUUAUAAAUAAUUUGGAAUCAGAUCGAAAAAAAGGAAAAAUUUUCUCAAUUGAUGAUGAUAAGAAAAUAGACACUAUGACAAGCCAACAAUGUCUAUUUUCAAAAGAAUAUAUAUUAAAUUUUCCAAUCCCAAUGGAUGAUGGUAGAGCUUGUAUUGUGAAGAUAUAUGAAGAUAUUUCUCUAAAACUGAAUCAAGUUAUUGAAAUAAUAGGUUUCAUAUCUUUGAAUCCUUUUUUAAAUGCUCUUCAUUAUUCAGAUGAAACUAUGACGCAACCUGAAAUUAUUGUGCACCAUCCACCAACAUCUCUUGUUCCUCGAUUACAUGCUAUAAAAAUAAUUCAGUCAACUAAACAAGAUAUAAAAAUUAACUCACAAAUAAUGUCUAAAGCAGAAUUAAUAAGGAGUGAUCUUCAUUUAAUAUUGAACCAACUUCUGUUUGGGGAUCACUUGGCUGCAGACUACUUGAUUUGUCAUCUACUAUCAUCGAUCUAUGUAAGAAGGGAUUAUUUUUGUCUUGGUACUUAUCCACUAAAUAUAACACACUUCCCUGUAAUUAAAUAUAAAGAAUUUCCAAAGGAUUUAUAUAAAUUUUUAACACUACUCACAGAAAAAAGUCACUUCUUGGAAAUUACAUUGGAAAAUUUAAAUAAUUUGACUUUGUUACCAAAGAAGGAUUACGAAUGUAAUAGGCUAACCAGUGGAGUACUGCAACUUAGUAAUAAUACACAUCUCGUAAUAGAUGAAACUGGAUUGACCACUGGAAAAAUGACGCAAAUUGGACGAGAGAAUUAUAAUGCGAUUUGUGACUUGGUUAACUUUCAAAAAGUGACAUAUGAUUUUACAUUUUAUAAAAUGGAAUAUGAGACAGAUAUUCCAGUUUUAAUUUUAUCAGAAGCUAAAUCUUUUAUCCCUUGUCAAACCCAAGUUGUUCUAAAAGUAGAUUCAGAAUCGAAAAACGUUUACCCUCAAAUAAUGGAAAUCGCGGAACAGUAUUUGAAAGAUGAAAAUAGACUAAUAAACAUUCGACAGUAUUUAGAGACUAUACGAGAUACGGAGUUUGAAUUUAAUGAUGAAGAAAUUAUAAAGGAAAUUCAAGAUGAUUUCAUACGAUGGCGGCAAUUAAACAAAAACGUUGAUCAUUUACACUCAUUAAUGGUAUUAGCCAGAUUAUUAUCAUUGUCAUACGGAUCAAAUGUCUUAACUGUAGAACAUUGGAAAAGAGCAGUUCAAAUGGAAACGGAAAGAUUAAAUAGAUUACCAGAUAAGAAAGAAACCUAA